AUGAGCGCAUAUGAAGACGAAGAAGAGGAUGAGUUGCAGAGGAUUCUCGAGGGAAGGGAUGUCGAGGAAUACGAUGACCACUCUGUGGACCAACAAUCAGACAAUGACCACAACUCUGUCGAUGAGAGCCAAUCGAUUGCCGCCAAAUACAAGCGGAAGACAACUGAACGGACAAUACGUGAGUCCAUUGAUGGCAACGACGGACACAUCGAUAAAAGGCAACGAAGAAUUGACGACCACUUCGACCGCGAAGUGACGGAAGAGACCGAAGCUGUGGUGAAGACUGAAGCGGACGACGAGUCGAAAGUGAAGGUCAAAGUGCGGAGAAUUGCGGCCAAACCUCAGCCCCGACUAAACGCCGAUAAAUUGAUGGCCAGAGAAGGGAUCGCUUUUUUGCCGCAAAUCUUUAAAGAUAUUAAAUUCAAUGGAAAGGGAAAUGAAUUGAAAGACUUGAAUGAAGUGAUGUUCCGAUUCAGCCAUUGGUCGCACCGACUGUUCCCGAGUCUGACAUUUGAUGACUUUAUCGAGAAAUGCGAACAAUUGGCGAAUAAGAAACCGCUGAGGAAUUUCAUAUCCGCUAUUAGAUUGGAUUCGUUUGAUGUGACCGUCAAUACUGACGACCAUAACAGCGAUGACGACCAAGAGAUUGAAAAUCAAAUCAAAGACUUCGAUGAAAUUAUUGCCAACAGUUCUGUUAAUAUGAAUACCAGUUACGCAAAGAAAACACCAGUUAUGGAGACAAUGGAUUCCGACUUCGAGGAAGACAUUGAACACGAAUUGAUGGCAGAAUAUUAUGAAUCGAUCAGUCAAACAGUGGAAAACAAUUUAAUUAUUGGUGAAAAUGACAAGAAUAUAGAGACACACGAUGUGAUCGACAAGAAUAUAGAGACGGAAAGUAAAGAACUGUACAGUAAUUUAGAUAAUGAAGAUAUGAGUGAAGAUGAAGUCCUCCGACAAAUCAAUUCAAUUGAUUAA